UAGGUUGUAAUAGUUUUGAAUACAUUGGAUAAACUCAAAUCUUCAAAAUAUAAUUCGAAAAACGGAUUCAUUUCUUCUGUUUCCUGAAGACAUACUCUACAUCUCACGUUGAUUUCUUGUAUUUCACUAAAGUUUUGUCUCAUGUCUUCCAUAUUUUCUGGUAAUCAAUUCCCACUUUCCAGGUAAAAAAAAUAGUUUCAAGUUUCAAAACAUAACUUCCUAAUCAUAACCUCUAAUAAAGUGCAAAAAACUUCAAAAUAAGAAAAUUAGCGAGUGUCUUGGUCACCGCCCGACCGCCAUAUUAUUCUCGUUUCUUGAGUUUUGAGUUUCUUCAGUUCUUCACGACUGAGUUCACUGAGUUCACGACAAUCGGUCGCUGGUUGUCAAGCGCAUGACAAGAGUGACAGAAUAGAUACUGUACAGAACACAAAAGGCUGACACUGAUAGAAGUUCAUGGUUGGUAGAGCUGAUGAUACCAAUAAUCAUCAGUUCUACCAACGUUGGGUGACUCCACCAAUCAGCCAAUCACCAUUUAUUAUUCGUUCACUUUCUCCACUACUUCGCAGUCCCGUCCCAAGUCACAUCGAUUGAACAAAAAAAUACAACAGUGUCAUAGAAUCAAAGAAUCCGGGUGUUGCCGUUGUUUGUGUUUACUCAAGUUAUUUGUUUAUAUUUUUAUCCUUUUUCAAUGUAUUGUUGUGUUAAAUAAUGGCUUCACUUUCCUUACCAAGAGUGUUACAUCCCAGAAAAACCAGCUUGGAAAUUGAAAGAGAACAUUUUGAAAAAUCACAGGCCCAAGCCUUGCACAAGGCCAUCAACGGUAAUGAGACUCCCGUCAAGCAGAAACAUGUUCGUUCGGCGAUCAUCGGCACUUUUCACACGCAGAGCGCCAAAAUAUUUUGGGCCUACGCUCUCAGAUUGCCCGCCAUGGAUGACAGGAUUGUUGCGUGGAAAUUGUGCCAUGUGAUCCACAAGGUCCUCAGGGAGGGCCAUCCCCUUUGUCUGGUGGACAGCCAGAGGCACAAAAAAGAUUUGGACGAGAUCGGUAAGCUGUGGGGCCAUCUUCAGGAGGGCUACGGCAAAAUGAUCAGGCUGUACACGCUGCUGCUGAUGAACAAGCUGGAGUUCCAUAGGAGGAACCCGAGGUUUCCGGGACAUUUGGGGGUGACUGCCGAAGAGUUGGAGUCGAUCGCUGGGAACGACAUCAAUAAUUACUUCGAGAUGACAGUUGAAAUGUUCGAUUAUGUGGAUCACAUUUUGGACUUGCAAGAUGCAGUGUUUGGUUCAUUGAACAUGGCCCGAUCCAACUCGAUGACGAGCGCAGGGCAGUGCAGACUUGCUCCUCUGAUCGCUUGUAUACAGGACGCCUCGAAACUGUACGAUUACUGCGUGAAAAUAAUGUUCAAGCUCCAUUUGACUCUGCCGCCUGACACGUUGUCUGGCCACAGAGAACGAUUCAUCAAGCAAUUCAAAGCGUUGAGGAAGUUUUACGAGAAUACCAGCAAUCUACAGUAUUUCAAGGACUUGAUCGCCAUUCCGCCUUUACCCGAGAACCCGCCAAAUUUUCUAAUAAUGGGCGAUUUUAGAACUUAUGUAACUCAAGAGGUGAUAGUACCGCAAGAACCGGAACCCGAAGAAGAACCAGUGGUAGAAGGGAGUUUGAUCGAUACCACUGAUGAGGCACCAAUGGAAAUUCACAAUUCCCAUAACAGUGCUAUCUCUCUAGCUGCACAUCAGGAGAUCAUCAACGAAAGAGAGUUUUUGAAGUCACAAUGUGAAAAAUUACGGCACGAAGUACAUGCUCUUAUGGCAAAAAAUGAGAGAGACGUGGCGAAAUUACAGGACAAAAUAGUACAUCUGGAAACUGAUUUGUUAACUAAAGAAAGCGAACUAGUGCAAGAACGGCAAGUGAAAGUCGAUCUUCUCAAUCAGUCUUUUGCAGUAGCCCAGUCACAAGAUUCUGAACAAAAGGUGAAAAACGAAAAAUUCGACAAGUUGAAGGAACUAUAUGUCAAACUUCGUGAUGAACACAUACAAAAAAUUCGAGAGAAAGCUGAAGUAGAGAAAAAACUCGCGACCGUUUCGAGAAAUCUCGAGCGAUUGACUGAACUAGAAAAUGAGAAGGAAAGACUGGAGGAAAAUGAAAAACAAAAAAGUGCCGAGCUCUCUGCCUUACAAAAGGAUAAGGAACUUUUCAACAUGGAAACAGAAAUACUCAAAAAAAGCGUGAACGAUGCUUGUCGAGAAAGAGACAUGGUAAGAACUGAACUAGCCAUGAUUAUGCAAGAGAAAGAAGAAUUGAAGAAACGGUCCGAGGAACUUUCUUAUAAACUAUUGGAUUUAGAAAGACAACUCGAUAAUGAACAAAAGGACAUCCAGAGACAACUGAAAGAACUUCUAACCAAAUCGAUCGAAAACAACGAAGAGCUUCUAAAGCACGCUAUCCACGAGGUCGACAAUCCAGCUCUCACCGCUCUAACUUGCAGUCCUGACUACCUGCGAAGUUUGACGAAAGGCUGCGUAGAAUCGCUGGAAGAAAGCGAAAAUAUCUGCCACACAGAUUUCGUAGCUAUCGUGACGACAGCCAAUAGAAUCGCUCACAGACAUGCGACUUAUAUUUUGCAGGGUAGAGCCACUUGCAAUACAAGUCCCGAUAUCAAUUUCGGAGAAAAAAUGGCAGAUUCCUGCAAGAUUCUCGGAGAGAUAGUUCUGAAACUUCUCGUAUGCCUCAAAAAGAGUGAAAACUGUGAGAUGGCAGCUUCCGAAGCGAAAUAUAAAUUAGAAGAAAUAGCCUCGCUCGGGGACAGCAUAAACGCUUCGCUUUUGGGCGAAAAAGCGGAAAGUCUGGCAGAUAUGCUGGAGAGCGAGAUGCUCGCUAUGGAUAAAGCCAUCGAGGAAGCAGCUAAACGUAUACAAGACAUGUUGACAAAUUCUCGUGCGGCAGAUUCUGGAAUAAAAUUGGAAGUCAACGAGAAAAUAUUGGAUUCUUGUACGACCUUGAUGCAGGCCAUCAGGAUUCUAGUACAAAAAUCAAGGUUGUUGCAAGCAGAAAUCGUCGGUCAAGGCAGAGGAACUGCUAGCGCCAAAGAAUUCUACAAAAGGAAUCACCAGUGGACGGACGGUUUCAUUUCUGCAGCGAAAGCUGUGGCAGUAGCUGCACAGUUUUUGUUAACUGCCGCCGACAAAGUGGUCACUUCCAGCGGCAAACUGGAACAACUAGUGGUGGCAGCUCAAGAAAUUGCCGCCUCCACCGCCCAAUUGGUGGUGGCGAGUAGAGUAAAAGCGGACCGCAACAGCGGCAACCUUCAACAGUUGACGCAAGCUUCUAAAGGGGUCACUACGGCGACAGGCACUGUCGUGGCUACCGUUAAGGAUUGCGGGCAACUGAUCGACGAAGCAGAAGACCUCGAUGUCACCAAUCUGACCCUUCAUCAAGCCAAGCGGCUGGAAAUGGACUCUCAGGUGAGAGUACUGGAACUCGAGAAGGAACUGGAACAGGAACGCUACAGGUUGGCCAAACUGAGGCGACACCAUUACCAAUUAGCGGGAGAAAAUGAGACUUGACUUGACAUUGUUUUUUUGUUUUCGUAUCGAACCCAGUUAUCGUCGGUGAUCUAUUUAUUAACCUUAGCUUAAGCGAUCCAAAGAUAGAUAAUUUUUGUUGCCUAUGAGCAGCAUGCAUUGACAGUUGUUGGUGUUUAUACUAUUUAUACAAUGUAGUUUAUAUACAUUCAUUUUACUAUAUAUUUUAUAUGUUCGUAUCGAUUCAACUGUUUACAUGAUAUUCAAAAAAAUAAACUAUAUGAACCUUAAUGUUUUGGGAACGUCUCGUUUGACCCAAUUUUCGAUUCGCCCACCGUCUCCGAACAUACCCGAAAGAUGCGUUGUUGUCAAAUAAUGCAACAAUUUCCUCGGAUUCAAUGAAACGGGAAUUAUCAACAAUCAUUUCACAUUCAAAUAAUUAUGUCGUUGGUCCAACAUUUUCUACAGGGUGGGUCACCAGUAACGCCUCGGUCUCUAGAAGGCUAACCACUCAUCUUCUUGGAAUUCUUCCUCUCUAGGAAGUUGCAUGUCAACAUAGGCUACCAUUUGG